UUCUGGCCGCGCGGGAUGUGAUGCUGAUAAUUCCACGCGCACGCAGAAAAGUUCGUUCUGAUUCGUCGAGGCGUGCGGACGCAUCACCGCUCGAGGCGGUCGUCGGUCCAAAAACAAACAAAACUCCCAGUGUGAUAAGUGAUAUCGCCACCUAAAACCGUAAAGACAAUUUGAAAAACUCAUUCUCGCUCUCUGAAGCUCACCUCGUACCUUCUCGUCGUUGUGAUUUGUUGCUGUUUUUUUUGUUAUGCUGUUGAGCAACCUUUAUGCUGUUUGCACAAAGGCAGGCGGAUUCGAAAUUCCAUCGCACGCGCAUCAUCCAAGUGUGCGUCUUGUUGUGCUCUUGACCAGCGGCGGCUACCAUCGAGGACAAAUUUGCCAACGGAGCAAAAAUCGAUAAUCGUCGGGUGCCCGUGUGGUGCACUAUUGUGGUUACGUUCUGUUGUUUGGUUGUGUUGUGGUGGAUUGUGAAAUUCUUAUCAAAUUGCCCACGUUGACUCACUUAUCGAGGGAAGAGAAAGUCGUGCCUGCUGCUUCGAUUGUUGUUUGCGACAGCUGACGACGGGGCGGCGGCGGCGUGCGUUCGUUGUCACACCACCACACAUCCUGGCCAUUAUGUAAGACAAAGGAAAAGCAAAGAAGAAAAGGCCAGCGUAAAACCAUUUUAAAUUCGGCCCCACAACAUUAACGGCACAACGCAUAAUUGCUGCUGAGGUGGAAAGUAGGUGGUGUGCUGCGUGGUGUUCGUAUGAUCGAUAAAAAACACAUUCCGCGUAAAUUGAAAACGGCCGAGCGGUUUGUUUUGGUUGUGUGUUAUUGAUCGGCGUUCGUGGGUGUACACUUGAGGGGGUGGUGGAAGGAGGCGUAGAAACUCGUACGCAACGAAAAAAGGGCUGCUCACUAAGAAGCAAACGAAGAAGAAGAAGCAGCAGUCUGUGUGUUGGUGUGCACACGAAACCCCGCACCACUACGCGGGCAACUUCUCGUGUACAGACACGCUGCUGCUGUGUGUCAGUAGGUAGCGCGCGCCAGAAUCAAAACAAAGAAAAUCAUCUGAUUGGACGACGCAUAGCGCCACUGACGACGCCACCCUUCGAAAACCCUGCUAGACCAGUGAACCCCACCGUGAGGUGCCAUCAUCAUCAUCAUCAUCAUCGCCAUCAUUAUCUCCAUCAUCGUAGUCGCCGUCGUCGUGUAGUUGUUGGUAGUGGAUCGAUUUCCCGCGGUGUUUGUUGUUUUGGUGCCCGCGAACGAGUAGCAGCAGCAGCAGCGGCUAGGCAAGAACUUGCGAGAAAAACUUGCCGUGGAGUGCGCGAGCGCAAAACAAACACUUUGCACAGCCAGUUUUCGGGUAUCGGAAACGACGACGUGAGAAACGCGAAAAGAAGGGGAGCAGCGAGCAAGAAGAAUGUUGAUAUACAGUUCUUGGGACAGUCGCUGCUCAAGAUCACUUUUUUGUGGUACAAUUCUUGCCGAUUGAAUAGUUUCCGGCACGAGCUCUGCUCUUCUUCUUCUUUACUACUGACACGCACACGAACGCAAAGGAUAUUAACAACGUAAACGAAGAAGAAACGUAGAUUUGCCCAGGGUAACAAAGAACGCCCAGCAGUGGCGGACGAUGAGUAGCUUCGGUGGUUCGCAGAGCAGCGGAGGCGCCAACCAUUAUCAGCAUCAGCAACCGCAGCAGUAUCUAUACCCGACGAUCGAGAUCGCAGACGACGGCAAUCUGCUGACGAUCGUGAAGCAGGAGCAGGAACCAUACGGUUCCCCACCGACAAACAGUUACAGUCAGCAGCAACAGCAGCAGCAGCCCAUGAUGGAUGCCCUCAGCAGCAAUCCGAUGCUGACGACGGCUUCGAUGCCGAUCCCGUCACGAAAUGUCCAACACCAGCGUAUGAUGAUGAUGGGUGCUGGAGGCGGUGUUGGUAGUGGUGUUGGAAGCAGUGGCGUUGGUGGGCCUGGUGCAUCGGAUUUGGAUUUUGUCGAGAUGGAACAGCAGUAUCACCGCCAGACCGGAGGCAGUCAUUUGUUGCACGAAGUCGUCUCGGUAGGUGCCGGGGGCAUCGGUUCCAACUCAAACAGCCUGGGUGGAGGCGGCUUAGGAAACGGCCUUAGCGUGGGCAACUAUUCUACCAUAAUGCCAAACCAGCUCGAAACAAUCUUCACAAUGCAGAACGGAUGGGAAAACACAAUUUUGACGGCGGAUGGUAUCGACAUUGGAACGUUCAGUGUACCGCACGGUAGCAAUGGUGGUCUGCCCAUGAUGCUGGAGUCUUGGAACACCAUGAACGGUAACGAUACAGUUGACGGUGGUGGUUCAUUCGAUCAGAUCAUCUCGCCAUCCUCGACAACCUCCUCAUCGAUCACACAGAUCGAUCCAAACAAUACGAUGAUUACCAUGGGACUGAACGAUGGGGGCCUAGUUUCCGGGAAUGCCGGGCUGGGUGGUGGUGCGCAGAUGAUGGAGGAGUUCGAGAUCUAUCCGCUGGAAGAUUUUUCCAACGAAUUCCUUACAGGUGAUUUGAACACGAUCGAAGGACUUUUCCAUGACGAUAUUACACUGCUGGGCCAACCGCUUAGCCAGCAAUCGCCGAACCUGAGCGGCGACAGUGCCGUCAUCCUUUCACCGAGCCUACCACAGCAGAUUCUCGGACGUUCCGCGGGCGGAACCCUGACGCUGCUCGCCACGUCUGAUAACUCACUCACCGGUGGCAACAGCAACAGUCUGUCCGGGUUUAGCUCGGACAUGCAACUGCAGAACGAUCCAAUGGUAACAGCCAACAGUUUUACCGGAACGACGACCUCUUCCACCGUUGGUGGCAGUACCAAUCUGCUGGCGUACGACGAGCAAACGCGUAGCUCGACCUCACCGUUCGAUCUUUACACGAAGCAAGAACCGAACAGUGCCGUCCAGUCACCGCUCGCCUUCUCACCGAGCAGCCACGGAUCGAGCCCCUCGAUCACCGAUGGUGGUGGUCUUCUGAUGAUGGACGGUUCCACGUCCGGUGGGAAGCAACAGCUGCAGAGUUCAUUCAAUAACAACCAAACCACGAUAUACGCUAGUAGUCCCGGACGAGGAGGUAGCGGUGGUCCGAGCCCUACCAUCAGCGCUGGAAAACUGAUCAAGGGUGGCAGUGGCAACACAAACAAUAAUAGCGAGACAGCCAAGAACCAAAACUAUACCGGCGGUGGUACGAUGGAGCCAUCGCAGAUGCCACAGCGGGCGGCACGACGGGGUAUCAACUUUAGCCGGAACAGUGGCAAUGUUGGGCAGGUGCAACACAAUCCAAAAUACUCGACGCUCCAGCAGCUGUUGAUGAGCAAUACGCCAGAGCUGCGCGGCAGUGGCCUCCUUGGACAGUCAGUUCCGAGCUCUUCAUCUGGUCUGCUUAGCCCUGGCAGUUACACCGGUCGGCGGUUGAUGCAAACGGCCACAGCAACUGCUGCUUCGAGUGGCGGUGUUUCAGUGGGCUCGAGUGCCGGAACAUCCGGAUUGGGAGUAGGAGCAGCUACUGCUUCAGCGAGUGCCGCUGGUGGUUCUCUCGUAUCGCGUCUAUCAUCGUCAGCCCCAACGCAUAUCUCCGGUUUCGAGCAGAUCUGGCAGCGACGUGAACCACGGCCCCAUCUCCUUUCAACUGGUAGCCUGGCCGAGGCUGGCUCUACGUCGUCCCUCAGUACGGGUGGUAUACUGAGCCCGGAGGCACCGGAUUAUUCGCACGAUGAGGGCUACUCAGACGAUAGUGACCAUUACGAGGAUUACUCUAGUGGUGAAGAUUCCGAUAGUGAGGAUACGGGUCGUGUGUCGAGCAGCCUGGGCAGUGGCAGUAAGGCGAAGCGCUACUUUUGGCAAUACAACGUGCAGGCGAAGGGACCGAAGGGUCAGCGGUUGGUUAUCAAGACGCAAGCCGAGGAUCCUCACGUGCUGAAUGCCGUUACCGAUCCCGUCUUUAGCCCGCAUUGCUCCGUGCGUGGCAUCAAGAAUCUACGCUUACAGCACAGCGGCAAAGCGCGCAAGGGCGAUGGUAAUGAUCUGACACCCAAUCCCCGGAAACUGCACAACAUCGGCAAGGAGCUAGACAAGUUGGGACGCGUCAUAAACGACAUGAAGCCGGUCAGCGAGCUGCCGUUCAACGUGCGGCCUAAGACGCGCAAAGAAAAGAACAAGCUAGCCUCUCGAGCCUGUCGGCUUAAGAAGAAGGCUCAGCACGAGGCAAACAAGAUCAAGCUGUAUGGGCUGGAAACAGAACACAAGCGCCUAAUGAACGGUAUAUUCCAACUGAAGCAAAUUCUGGUAGGCAAGUGCAACAACACCAUCAAGUCGGAAGAUGCUGAAGAGUAUAAGCAACAGCUGGAUACUCUGGUACAAACCUCCUCGAAAAUUAAAAUCGCCGGUAAUUCGACCGAGUUUGUGAACAAAAUGCUCGAAAAUGUGCGAGCUGGCAACAACAUAAGCAUCGAUACGGUGUUGGAGAACUUUUAAGUGGUGGAAACUGUAUUUACGGUCCGUCCCAUUUUCCUAAGCCCAAGUGGUGGUCAAUGAUUUGAAUGAAUUUUAGUGAGACUGUGCGUAAGAUAAGGGCUAAAGGAUUAGAGGGAUCCAUCGCGUACGUCGCUGACCAAAUCAGCUAUCAUUCGACGGGACGACUAGGUUGAGAGCACCAUUAUGAAGACAUUUUAAGGUUUACUCGGAGAGAGCAAAGCGUGCUCUUAUUACAAUACAUCAUCAUCAGGGUGAUGAUAAGAAAGAGGGAGAGACGAAUUGUUGAAAAGUAUAUGUUUCACAGAAUCAGAUGAGACGUUAGUGUAGUGGCGUAGCGUUUGAAAUGCUUACAUCUGCAUAUUUUAAGUGAUUUUCUAUUAUCUUAAGAUUAAGGCAUGAUAGGCUACAAGGAGGAGAGAGAGAGCCAUGAAUGCGCAAUACGAGUUGGAUGAUUGGUUGAUAUUUCCCUGCACUGUGAGUGCACAAUGUAAUUUGGUGACAACGAUUCGACAAGAAUGUUAUAUACGUACGUACGACAGUCCUGCAGGUAUACUGCGCCAUUCUUUCCAAAUUCGCAUAAUGCGUGAACAUGUAAAUUUUGACAAUGUGGAGGUCAGUUUUUUUUUAAUCCCUAUUCUGUUUUAACAGCCAAACAUCCCUAAACUGGUUUGCUUAUGCUUGCGCAGGAUAAAAAAGCUCUAUUCAUCAGGGUCCAGGUUUCGAUUAAGAAAAUGUUUCCAUUUCAUCCUCCAUCUCCAGUAAACCUUACUCAGAAUCUUAAGUAACACUAUCGCACACUCACACAUAUAUACGGUGAUGGCCAUAGAUACACACGCUCACAAAGUGCGUGCGUGUAUGUGCGUGCAGAAGAGAUCAAGUGAUCGGUAUAACCAACAACUGCUGGGACAAGCAAACGACGGACUGAGAUUGUUUACGGGGUUUACGUAAAACGUGUCCCCCAAAAAAAACGAGAAAUGUGAAAGAGGAGGCAAAAGGGAAGCAAUUUUGCCAAGCAGACAAACAAAAUACAAAAAACACUUAUAUUUGUGCCACACAAUCCAACAAAACAAAAAAAAAACACUCCCAACAGUCGUUUAACAGUAGGCUGCGGUUGCAAAGAAACCCCAAGAAGGAAUGAUACGCAUCCCGCGGAAUUGUAUGAAAUAUGACGCUCAGGUUGUAACUUACGCAAGUACAUUUGAAAUGAAAACCAAACCCCGUGUGAUUCGUGCUGACGAGACGAUAUGAUGAGUAAGAGAUUCAUCUUUUUCAUAUAUAUAUAUACCUACGCAUAUACUAUUCUUCUUUGAUAGUGAGUAAUGAGCGCGUGCUUCGCGCAUAUUAAUCAUAGUCUGCAGCAGUCAGUUUGUAAAACUGUCAAUUGUAACAACAAUUAAUGGUUCCAGUGUAUCCUUGAAGCGAGGAGGAUGUAAAAAGAAGAGGAAAAAUCCCCCGGCGAUCAGCGAGCCAAAAGCCACACACAAACAACCGCCAUCUCCUCUUCCGCUUCGUGGAAAGGAAGAGGUAGAUUAUAACCAUUGAUACUGACACACAUAUGUACCUAAGCGCGCUAACGCUAACAGAUAGCAGACUAAACGUUUUUCAUUACCUUGUAAGAUGUUGAGGAUAUUUUUUUCCCAUCAGAUCAGAUAGAUUAAGAAUUAGUGCGAUAAGAAAGAGGAGAGCGAAGCGACAGAGCAGUAGAGCGAUAGUGGCGAUUACGGAUCCUUGUAGGAUUAGCGUUUGCACCGGUAGCGAUUGUAUGCAGAUUGCCGAAGAGCGAGGGAGAGGGUGAGUGAGAAUGUGUACAUUAUUAUAUGUAUGGACCAUCCUCCUUCCUUUCUGUACCACAUCCAAGUGUAAGCCCAUUUUCAUUAUCUUUUUCCUUUGCGACCUAACCGCGCGUGCGCCAAAGUGACUGGUGCGUUUUAGAUACGUAAGUUUCUCUUAAAAGUAGUAAUAGUAAGCAGAAGGUUGAUCCAGUCGGCAGUGUGUGUCAGCCGCCGAACAUCCCAAACAUCUUUUAUCACCCGGUCUUUUUAUAUCCAACUACAAUUGCAUAGUAGGCUAGAUGUUGAAAAAUGAACGAACGCAACGGAAUGGAAUCGAUGAAUAAUUGCAUGAAUUAUAUUGGCUGCUUCGGUUACGAAUAGCUAUACGAUGAUGGAAAAAGAUGGGGUUCCUGUGUUAUCUCUCUUAGGUACUGGGUGCCGGAAGGUAGUAAUCUCGUCUUCCGGUGCCAGGGAUAUCGAAAAGAUGUCGAAGAGACAGACAGGCAGGAUGGCAGGCCAACAGACAGAAAGGUGGACAGUCUUGCCUAGCCUUGUGUCGUGUCGUGUGAUCGCACGGUUUGUUCCAUCCAUUGCAUCAUUCAUGGCGAACGCUCAGUCUAGUGCAAGUUCUGGUGCAGCCAAAGCAAAGCAUUUAGCAAUCCACUUCCUCAGCCCGGCAAAAAAGCCAAAGCUGCGGAAGGAGAAAAUGUGCGUGUAUGUUCCAAGCCACCGGAGAUACCCAGACAGGACAGCAAUAAUGUGUGUCGUUGCCGCAGUUUGAGUUUUUGUACGUUAUUUUUUUUUUACUUUCCCGUGUUUUCCUUAUUGCAGCUGUGGCAUCGCAAUAACAACAGAAACAGUACCCCACAAAACAAACAAUCUGUGAUUUUCGUUAAUAUUUGUAAUUAUGAUACUACCGUGUGGUUGUUACCGUCUAUUACUGCGAGGUUGGCGUUUGAGUUUUUCUUACCGCUGCGAUCAUUUUUGCCGAUUUGUGCGCGUACCUUUUGCGUGGAGAACGAUUACGAUUUGCAUUAUUAUGCACGUUAUCUGUUUAAGUUUUCCGUUGCUGCUCUACCGGUUCGGUGAUAGCAUAUUGAACCCCUCGUCUGGGGGGAGGGUUACUCACGCUAGCCUAGCUACCAUUAACCGGAAAACAUAAACGACGCUACUUGGAUGUGUUGAAAUUUCCUUUUGCACAGUGCACAAGGAUUGGUUGGUCGCUUAGCCCCGGUGAAAUGAGGCCUCCUGCCACCAUGUAAGCUUUUCAUAGGCCUUAAGCGUUUUAUCUCUCUCUCUUUUUUGGGAAUAAUAAAACAUGAAAUGAAAUGAAAUUAUUUAAGGGCAUUGCUUACACAUUUUAUUCUAUCGAUAGGGUAGGGAUGUUGUUUUCAUCAUUGAGAUAGGUUACGUGAGGUGUAGAAGUUGGGUUGUUGGAUUUUUCUUAUACCUUUUACCUCGUGAUACAUUUAGAGAGCUAUUAUGUUUGAAUUCGCUACACGAUACCCUCUUAUUCCUCUUUCUUCAUGUGUUUGCUAAUGUGUGACCAUUACGUUAAUCUCCAAUGCGAUAUGAUAUACCUAUACAUUUAUGAAUCAUCUCCAGGCUACUUCGAUUGCUACAACAACUACUACUAUUACUACUAAGUGCGAACGCUGUUUUCUCGAUGCAACAACAAACAAAACAAAAAGCAAGCAAAAAACAGAAAGAGCAAGAAGGAAAAGGUUCCUAAAGGUACGGAUUGGUAAAAAUGUUUAAUAUACAACAUAAUUCCCCACAACAUUACUCCCCGCAUAUGAAACCGAAAUGUACAAAAGAGAGAUAGAGAGAGAGAGAGAGAGAGCGCGCGCAGCGCAGAAAAGAUAUGAAAAAUCCGGUACCUGGUGUGGAAAGCAGAUUAAUGUGAUGAUUGCGGAAGGCAUAGGUGCAUAGCCAAGCAUUUCCAAUCAUCCUAUUGGUCACUCCCGUAUUUUACUAUUUCUCUUAACAAACGAUCGGCAUCCGGUUGAGUCUUCUACCUCAGCAUACCCUCACUCCCCGCUAACUGAUCCCGAACAGUCGAUUAAAGAGGCAUGAACCGCCCCAAAGCUAAAAAUGCAAAACGUGCUACAACGAAAUGGCGCCUUAUUUGCAACAGAAUUCCUCCUUACACCGAAAUGCCAUGUUUCACUAUCGAUUUGCUUUGUUUCCAUCAGAAACCAUUGAUUAAUACAAGAUAGUCCUAAGUCAGCAUAUGGGACAAACAUGGGCAAAUGGCUUGCAUCAAGGGGUGGCACAAAGGGGAGCCAGAGGGUGUCGACGACAAUUCGAGACAUGCGAACUUAUUAAACCCAAAACAGAAAUCAAUCUGACAAACUGUGUAAUAGUCGUGCUUAUGAUAAACAGGAAAUCCACAAUAAAAGUAAUGAUCAAAAAGAUCAACCGGUCUCGUUUCUUUU